ACAUACGCAUGGCCGCCAUAUUGUCGUUUGAAUGGUUUUAAAUUGUAAAAGAAAAGAUUCGUGUAUUUUAUUUGACAAAUAUAUUAGUGAUUAAUCACCUAAUCCAAUAAAAAUAUCCACAAUGGACUCCUUAGUUGGUUACGGUAGUGACGAUGAGGUUGAGUCUGAUCGCUACAAUCAUCAACCAUCGGUGAGCAACAGCGGACGUCGGAAGGAAGAUGAUGUGAACUAUGACAAUGUCAACAUGGACUUGAGCGAGCAUGAGUCCCAAGGCGGAGAGUCGGAGCCCGAGCUGCCGCAAGCCGAGCCGCAGACAUCAGAAAAAUCUUCGCGAGAAGAUAGGCGAGGUUCCAAUGACAGUCGUGAGCGCGAACGUGACCGCGAGCGCUCCCCGGACCGACGCGAGCGGCGCCGCGAACGCGACCGACACGAGCGCGAGCGACGCUCUCCGCGCAGAGACGACAGACACUACAAGGACAGAGCGGAGCGAUGUCGCGGUCCAGAGAGCUCGCGGCGUGGCGGUGACCGGCCGGAGCCUAAGAUGCCAGCACUUAUGGACCUGAAGCCCUACAACGGAGAUAUUCCACAGGACGCGCGCGACGCAGCCUCGCCCAGAUUUGUUGAUCGUGAUCGUCGCGACAGAGAUAGAGAACGCGACCGCGACCGUGACAAUAGACACAGCAGGCGGUCGGAGGAGAGAAGGGGUGGCCGGGAUCGCCUUUCGGAGCGCUCCAGAUCGCGUGGAGCCGCUUUCCCACCACCGAGUUCUAUUACAAAUGAAAAGCGCGGUUCUCCGUCGGGUGACUACAGGCCGUCCUCUUAUAAAGUUAACAAGAAACUCGAAGUUAUGGAGAAAAUGGGUCUCCAGAUCAAGACUCCGGAUGGUUCCAUGGCGACGGCUCAGCAGCUGCGCGCUGCGGCGGGCGACGCGCCGCACGGCUUGCCUACGUACUGCAACACCGGAGCCAUCAGCUCUAACAAGAUACUCGACCAGGUACAAAAGCGCAAGCUACUAUGGUCCAACAAAGAGAAGAAAGUUGCGGAAGCGGAGGCAGCCAAGUGGAGUGGUGCACGAUUUUCGCAGGAUUCUGAUGGCAAACAAGUUUCUAAGUUUAUGCGUCUAAUGGGCAUCAAGGAUCCUUCUGCAGUUGUAACGGAAACAGUUGACUCUACUGCUGACCCCAACAAAAAGCAAGAAGAACUUUUCCAAGCAAUGCAGGCACAGUACGAGGUUGCACGCGCGACUACGCAUACCAUGCGAGGGGUUGGUCUUGGCUUCCAGCGGGGAAACUUUUAAAACUUACUUUCACCUCACCAGAUGGUGUAAUUUAAAGACUUUUUCCAAGUUAAAACUUGCCAGCUACUAAGAUACAUGGCGAAUAAGCCUGUUUAGAGUAUUUUUUAGCAGGUGUUUUAAAUUAGACUCUUUCUUGAAGUGUCGUCAGAGCAGACUUCAGUGCAAGAAAAGUUUUCGAUUUUAGAGUAUACUAUAGAGAUUCAUCAUUGGCAGGUGUGUCUUG